AUGCCCAAAGCGAAUGGUGCUAGUGUUUGGCUUUUGUUUAACACUCAGAGAAUCGGGGUGUUAAAUUAUAUGGACCCAAGGCAUAAAGCUCAGACUUUUGACAUGAUAUUAUGGGGGAAACAAAUUAAAACAGAAAGCCUGCGCAAAUUUAAUGAACUUUAUAAAGCAUAUAAAACUCUACACUUAGUGAAUAAAUCUUUAGAAUUACCAAGUAAUGAAAAGAAAGGAUUUAACUAUGAUCAAGAUAAAGACUUAAUAGACUUUGAGAAACUGUAUGCAUUCUCCUUGACUUCAUCUGAAUCUUGUCGUCAAGGCUUAGUUAUUGACGAGUUGGAGGAGUACCUAAGUAAACCCAGAGCCGCCAGCUCGGAAGACAUUUAA